CGUUCUAAAGCGCUACGCGACAGGCAGUGUUGCAAAUGACACGUCGCAGAUGGUCUGAAAACGCGUCCUUCUCGCUUCGUCGCCUCAGCUAGGUACUCUCGGGAGAACAGAGCAAGAUGCCAGGAUGAAGAUGGGUAUGGUUUGUCCUGUUCGGUGUUGUCAAUUGGGUGGGAAUGGGCAGCGUCGCCGUGGGAAGAAGCCCCAGCCGUAACGCGUCUUGCUCCUCUUGCUCGCCCUGCGUGACGCUGGCUCUUUCAAACUCCUCCGUCGAAGUCCGACGUGGACAGUUGCAUUCAGAACCCUACGGUCGCCGGGAAGAAUGAAGCAGCUGAGGAUUGCCCUGCUCGUUUGCGACACGCCGUUGCCAGUCGUAUGUGAGAACUAUGGGGACUAUCCCAAGCUCUUUGAGGAGCUGUUCAGGAAGGCACAUACCUCUUUAAAAAUGAGAAUACCCAUCGAUUUUAUAUUGACGUCUUUCGAUGUGACAUUGGAACAAUAUCCCGAAAAUGUCACCGAUUUCGAUGCCUACGUUCUCACCGGGUCGAAGUUCUCGGCCUAUGAGAAGGACACUAUCCCAUGGAUCAAACGCUUAGGCGAUUACGUGGUUGAGAUAUGUGAAAAAACUGACGCGAAGCUGGUUGGGAUAUGUUUCGGACAUCAGAUCAUAGCUCAGGCGUUGGAUGGAAGCGUUGUGAAGAAUCCGAAGGGCUGGGAGGUCGGGUGGACGGAGAUGUCGCUCAAUGAGCGAGGGAUGAAGCUCUUCGGCACGGACAAGACGAUCGUGAAACUGCAACAAAUGCAUCAAGACCAUGUCGCCACCGUCCCACCGGGCUUCGAGAUCCUUGCAUAUACCGAGAAGUGUCCUGUGCACGCGAUGAUUGGGCGGGACGGUCGGAUCUUGACCGUGCAGGGGCAUCCGGAGUUCGUUCCCGGCGUUGUCAUGGAAAUCGUCAAAGCAAGGAAAGCCGCCAACGUCUUUUCCGAGGAUGUCGCGAAAGCAGUACAGGAGCGCGUGAACAAUCCGGCAGACAGCGCUUGGUUCGCAGAACAGAUAUUAUCCUUCAUUGCUCAGCCAAAUCAGACUAAGCCAUAGAGUAUAUGCAGGCGAACUACACAGUGGAAACUGUGCCCAGCGAUGUAGCGUAGGCCUAGUUUUUUC